AUGCCCAGUAUUCAAGGAUUCAGCGCCAUACGAGCCCGCACUUAUGCCCUUCGUCUGCCACUGUUCACCCGCGUCAUCAUACUCGUUAUAGCUUUUUUCUGGAUACUCAGCUUCCCUUCUUUCUGGGACUUGCGGCAAUGGGGCUCGUUGAUUCCAGACAAAAUCUCGUUCGCGACAGCAUACCGACUAUCGACCUUUCCGCUCAUCCACUUAAACUUCGUUCAUACUUUCCUCAACCUGGUCGCCUUAACGCCCCUCAUGGAGAGGUUCGAAAACGAAUACGGGACACUCACCUCUUUGGCGCUGUUUUUCGGUCCUUUGACUACCAUCCCUGCUCUGUUCUAUGUCAUCAUUGAAUUGGGAAUUUUGAGAGCAAACAACGGUAUUAUGGGAGCAAGCAUGUGGGUGUUUCUGCUGCUAGGGAUGGAAGCAAUUCGGACGUAUCGAUCAAACCCACAUUUGAUAAUCGGGACGUAUCACAUACCGACGUGGACGACGCCGUUGCUGAUGAUGUUUGCCGUCGCCGCAUUACUGCCCAGCACUAGCUUGCUUGGGCAUCUUUGCGGCGUCAUAGCUGGAUACAUUUGCGGCCUUGGCUAUCUCAAGUUUCUUGCUCCUCCCGAGUGGGCACUUCGAUGGAUAGAAACGCGGCUCAAUCUUCUUGCUGUUCUCCCACACUAUGUCAGCGUUGAUCAGAAAACAUAUGGUCGAUUCGGCGUGUUACCAUCUACGACACGAACCGGGGGUAGCGCCCCGACGGAGCUGGUAGGGAGCACUCAGCGCCUUGGACCUUGA